AUGGAAAUUCAUGGCCUCGUGUCUCUCAACAUCACGGUCAUAUUCACUUCAGGUGGGGGCGGGGUGAGCGGCAAGAACUUCGAUCGCCUGAAGCAUUUCGUGUGCCGCAAUACGGACAUUCGCCCAUCAGAGAUCGAGGACGACGCUCCCAUGGUGGUCGGUCAGCAGACUCUAGAGACGACAUUGGCUCGCCUCGGCAUCUCGGCUGAACGAGUGCGCUCUGCAAGUCGUUCGAGAGACAAACUUGCGACUGUCGUAAACUGCCAAGCUGCGGGCACAGCCGAUCAACACGGCAGCAGCAGAAGAAAUACUAUAGACACAUCACGGUGGAGGAAGACAGCGAAUGAAUUGCAACCGGUCAUCGACCGCAUCGGUUCGAGCAUCGAGAGGCUCAAUCAUCAAUGGCGGAUCUUGGACGACGCACAAAAGCGACUGGAAAGAUUGUCUAUCUCAACCUCAGAUGAGGUCGACUGGGACGAUCCAGUCAUAAGGAUUCAAUCGGAGCUGGAUCUCUUUGACUGUGAGGAAACGGACUCAUGA